GCUGUUUGCGGCCGCUGCAACAACUGGAUCCUCCGUCGUCUGCUAUCGCGUGUGCUCGUCUGCGCGUGUGGGCGACAUUUCGUUCAGCUUUCCGGCAGGCUGCUGCUGUGGGGGUGCAACACAACUGUGCAACGACUUCUCCUUCGUUUCCGUUUCCACUUUGUUCCCGAGUUUUGUUGGAUACGAACCGUUCCCUCAGUGGUGGCCGUCGAAGUGUUUCUGCCGUCGUGUCGUCUGCGUGGUUUAUUGUCGUCUGCCAAGUGUGUCGCGGAUGAAUAAGCUCAGCCGAAAUAGCCUCACGGUGUGAGUGACGUGUGAUACCUUUAGUGAUUUGUGGUUGUCGUCGGACGUUGACUUUCGUGGUUAUUGAAGAUUCCUUUGUCAAUAGCCAGGAAUGGACACUCAGCAGGUCUGUGCCGGAUAUUCGAUUGGGCAUUGUGGGAAGCUUAGCGAGCGGCAAGUCAGCCCUGGUACACCGGUACCUCACCGGCUCUUACAUGCAAGACGAAUCACCAGAAGGAGGUCGAUUCAAGAAAGAGAUUGUCAUAGACGGACAGAGCUACCUCUUACUAAUACGGGACGAAGGUGGUCCCCCGGAGCUACAGUUCAGCUGCUGGGUGGAUGCUGUGAUCUUCGUCUUCAGCCUCGAGAAUGAAGCCUCCUUCGCUUCCGUCUACGGUUACUUCACGCGGAUGACCCAUUUCCGCAGCACACUCGACGUACCGCUCAUAUUGGUCGGCACACAAGACGCGAUAAGCGAAAGCAAUCCCCGGUUGAUAGACGACUCGAGGGCAAGAAAGCUGGCAGCUGACCUGAAACGAUGUUCCUACUACGAGACCUGCGCGACGUAUGGGCUCAACGUUGAGAGGGUCUUCCAAGAAGCGUGCCAGAAGAUAGUUCAGCAGCGGAUGGCAGCGGCGUUAACCCCCAACAACUCGAGACCCAGCACACCCGUCGGUCACUCGGCGCUACGUACCUCAAAUUACUUUGUGCCCAAUGGUUUCCCUCGCGAGCCCGCCUCGCAACCAGCCUCGGCUACGGCGGCGCUCAUCAACAGCUACAACUCCUUGCACGGUGGUGCGAGCACGAACGCCGCGCUCAAGGGUGGCCACUAUCGCGAAAUCCGUGACUGCAUCUCCUCAACGUCGGUGCAGCGAGAGAUCCAGAAGUACGAGAAGGCCGAGCGCUGCGUGGGCGGACCACCGGAGUCGGCCCCUGUACCACCGUCCAAAGAGCAACCUCCCCGAGAAUUCACCACCCCUUGCUCGACGCCGACGACGGCGAGGAAGACGCGACGGAGGUCCAACCUUUUCACGCCACUCAAGAAGGCAGAUGAAGAUAAGAAGUUGCGAAAUGGAGAAAUGGGUAGCGGACGUGUCAUUCCUAUCAGGCAGGGAUACUUGUACAAAAAGAGUGUCAAGGCACUCAACAAAGAGUGGAAGAAAAAAUAUGUUACAUUGACGAGUGACGGAAGGCUAACCUAUCACCCCAGCCUUCACGACUACAUGGACGACGUUCAUGGGAAAGAGAUUCCCCUGAUGCACACGACCGUGAAAAUUCCGGGCCAGAAACCCAGAGGCUCACGGGCAGCGACAGGAAACAGUACACUGGUGAACGAUGUGGCGACUGAUAUCGGCACACUCUCCUUGGCCGGAGCAGGACCAGUAUAUGGCAAGUUUCGUGAGAGAGAAGUUGACUAUCCUAGGGAGGGUAGGCGAUGCCCUUCCACCUCGGGUGACGAUCCAGCACAGUUGCUUUGUUCAGGCAUGCUGAACGGCAGCGAGACUCAGUUGAUACCUGCUGUCCCCAACACCAAUCCAAUGCUUUCCAAGCUAGACACACCAAUUGUCAAGAAACGACACAGAAGGAUGAAGAGCACGGGAGCCAAAACAUUCGAGGCUAUGGAAGAUUCGGAUGGCUAUGAGUUCAUCAUCGUGUCACUGGACAACAAGCAGUGGCAGUUUGAUGCAUCAAAUGGAGAUGAUCGAGAAGGCUGGGUAUCUGCAAUAGAGCAACAGAUUUUAAGUAGCUUGCAAGGCAAUGAAAGCACAAAGGCGAAGGGUCGCAUGAACAGCAUUGUUGACACUGCGUCUCUACAGGCAAUCCGAACGGGUGUACCUGGGAAUUCCCACUGUGCUGACUGUGAUACUCCACAUCCCGACUGGGCUAGCCUCAACAUGGGGAUCCUGAUCUGCAUAGAAUGCUCCGGAAUCCAUCGGAACCUAGGAUCUCAUGUCUCUCGGGUUCGGUCCUUGGAUCUUGAUGACUGGCCCCCGGAGCACAUAAGUGUGAUGAUGUCCCUGGGUAAUGUUGUGGCCAAUAGCAUCUGGGAAGGCAAUACGCGUGGCAGGACGAAGCCGUCUCCAAACUCAAGCAGAGAAGAGAAAGAGCGAUGGAUAAGGACCAAGUACGAGCAAGGAGAGUUCCUAUCACCUCUGACACAGCACUCGCCAUUGGCGCAGCAACUGGUGGAGGCGGUGUGUCAGGCUGACGUGAGACAGGUGGCGCUGCUUCUGGCGCACGGAGUGGCAUCGCCUGCCCUGCAGCAGGAGUUGGCUGCAGCACAGGUUGCCCCGCCUAGAGACCGCAGGACACCGCUGCACCUUGCCGCAGCCUUGGGCAAUAUGGCUAUUGUACAGUUACUGCUUUGGCACAACGCCAACCCUAGGGCUCUUGACUCGGAAGGUCGCACUGCCCUUGCCUAUGCCAAAAGUGCAAACUUCAUGGAAAUCCACGACCUGCUCUUGCACAGCGGAUGUCCAGAGACAAUCAAUGCGAGCACGCUGUCCAGGAGAAGAGGAAGCCUCUCCAAGAAGUCGGAGGUCUUCGACAAACUGCCUGCAAGCAUCAUCUAAGUUCCUCCUCCAUGGCAUCCCCCAUCGUGACACAAACCUCUCCUUCCCUGUUUCUUUUUUCUUUUAGAAACUGUGGCCUCAAAACGUCGUGCAGUGGCUCUGGCAAAUCCUCGUCCUCAGACACAGCUCGUAGGAACGUUGUGAAGAGUGUUGUGUUCACCCCCAAAAAGAAUGUGCAGAAGAUGCUUUCUUUGUCACGCGUUUUUGUUCUGCGUUCCGGGGCUCCUGCAACUUCAUUGGAAAUACGUUAGCGUUAUUUAUUUUAGUUUAGACAAUUAGAAAUGGGCGAAAUUGGCUGGUUCAUGUAGGUGUUUGUAUUGUUUCGUUUCUAAAUGAAGAAAUUCUGCUGUAUUAGUUAUCUGUUGUAGAUACAUAGUUCAUUCAAAUUUACUAAAUCAAUCAAGUUGGCGUGCUUUAAUUAUGGUAGUAAAUAUUGUAUAUCCGUUGAUGUUAAGAAAAAGGAGAUUAGGAAGCUGAGGACAGGACUACACAGGAACAGUGUUUCUGUUUUGAAAGUGUCCUUAAAUAGGUACUAGUAGAACAAAAAUGCUCUACUAGUCCUAGGAAAAGGAUUUGUUUUUCUGUUUUUUUCUUUGGGAGGGGGGAGCAGUUAUGCCUUUUUUUUAUAGUUUUGUGGAAGUGUGCUUAUCGGUAGCACGACCUACGCAGGAUUGGAAAAAUUUGCCCGACUGUCCUCAGACUUCUCUCGUAUGUUCUGGAUUCGAAAAUACCUUAUUUCUAUGGAAUUUUUUGUGAAAUUUAGUCUUCAGCACCCUCCAUGCCGUCCCCCACCUGAACCUGAAGCCGUAAAAAAAAAAGCUUUCCGCAUGUUGCUACCUGUUGCAGUUCAGAAAUGCGGAGAAACAAAGCAUCUUUACCAUGUUCAUGCCUGCUGUAUGCCUUUCAUGCCAUCUCAUAGCGCAGGGAUCUUUUAUUUCACAUUUGAAGGCAUAGUAGCUCUCAUGGGGUGAAAGAUAGCUACUCACAUUUAUUGUAUGUCGGACACUGCAGCAAAGCAUACUGGCCUUUUUUUUUAUAGCAUGUUGCUUUCUCAUUCUGCGCAUUUGAUCAUGAACACAGCAUGUCCACCUACUAAGUCACUUCUUGUUUACAACAUCGAGUCUGUUGUUUCAAGAAAGCCUGUUGUACUCCUUCCUUUCUGCAUCCUACAAUACUUUUACUACGUUUCUGUUGUAAGCUUGUUUCUGUACAGACCUAAUUUAAUUACUUUUAUACGUGUAGAUAACUAUGAAAAUGAGAUUCAUAAAGUAUUGAUAUGCUGUUUCAGUUUUUCUUGUACAGUGUUGAUAUGUACAUAAGCGGACAUCAAACUGGCAUGCAUGAUACCAUCACUGAUUUGGAACAAGCAAAAUAUCCCAACAAUGCACCAAAACUGCCCAACAUAGGACAUAUUUGAGUGCUGGCGUCAGACAGCCACGUUUAAAGCCUUGGUUAGAAAAACCCUGGGCACUGACCUAACUUCGUGCAGUGAUAGACGGGAUUAUAAACUCAGUUGUGAACGGAAUUGGGGUUGCACAGCUAGUUGCUUGUUUGCUGAACUGCAGGAACCUCAAUUGCACAAUAAGGCUGAUGAGUUUUCAGCGCUUUGCUUCAGUUGCAUAUCCGUCACCUCAAGCAUACGGCGGAAUGAUAGCAAAAGUCACUUAAAGGUUGUGAACGUGUCUGCCUGGCGGGAGUACGAUUAUUUCCCAUUACGAUACAUAAAGCUACUUUCGGGAACUCUCCGCCCACCAUGUCGUGUUUUUCAUGAAGCAUAAUAACUCACAGUGACCUUCGCAAUGGUUUGAGAUAUCGCGGUAGGAUUUGUAUGAUAACUGUAAAGAAUUGUAGACUUAGUUGUACGUAUUGUGGUGUGCCGCACUGGAUGGGAAAUAAAUUUACCAAUGGCUUGCCAUAAAA